ACAGCACCGAUGGAUGCCCCACAGGCUGCCCGGCCCUCCAGCCACCCCUCCCUGCUCCAGUUCCUCAGAAGCCUCCUCGGGUACCCGCGGAGCUUGCUGGGGUCACAGGAGCCCCGAGCAGAGCAGCAGGAGCAGGGUGCUGCUGUAGGGCCCCGCAGCUGGCAGGCAGAGCGGGUUGAGCCCACCCGUGGGGGGAUCCCGUGCCAGGAGCACUGCAAGGAUGAGGAGGGGGACAGCAUGGAGCUGCUGCUGGGGGAGCUGCGGGAGGUCAGCCUGCAGGGAUCGCUGGGCAGCAGCACCAGCAGGAGCUGCCUGACCACCAGCACCAGUGAUGUGGAAGCGGCAGCGGAGGGCAACGGGAUGGAGGCUCCUGGUGGCACCGUGGCCCUACAGAGCAGUGGGGCGGCUGGCGAGGAGGGGGUGGCUGCAGAUGAAGCCAUCUCUGGCAGAGCUCUGGAGAUGGAUGAGUUCCUUCAAGGUUUGGGUGCUGCUGAUGAGGACACCUGCUCUGCAAGCCCUGAGCCGAUGUUUUCAAUGGAUCUUGACACUGAAUGGGAGAAAGGGCAUCUCCUGAAAGCAGCAAAUCAGGGUGCAGGACCCCCGAAAGCAGAGCUGUCCCUGUGGAACAAGUUCAUCAGUGUGAACAGACACCAGUGGACUUUGCGUAAGGCUCGUGCCUCGAGGAGCUCGGUGGAGCUGGAAAGCGAGGAGCAGCCGCUCCUGCGGGCAGCUGAGAACAGACCCACGAGCCCUGAGCUCCCCGUCCUGCCCGCAGAACCCUCUGCAGCGCUGCCGAUGUACAGGUUUUCCAGAAGCAGAGCAGCCACUGGUGGCUUUGGGAGAAGCCAGGCAGAGAUGGGAGCAAACGGAGCAGGAAUGCCUGGAGAAGGUUGAGAUGCGGCACCCGCAGAGGUGGGAGUAGCCCCAUGGAGCCACACUGCCACUGUCCUGCAGGAGACAUCAGUGCUUCCCCUCUGCCGUGCCCAACCUUCACAGGACCCCUGUGCUUCAGCUUCCUCCUCUUCUUUCUCUCGUGUUCAUCAUUCAUGUGCACACUGCAUUUCCUUUCUGCUUUCUCCCUUUUCUGUUCCUUGGAGAAGGCCCUCUGUGUUUCACCACCCUGAUGGGGCAGACAGGUUUUGUUCGAGUUGGUUUCAAUUGAACAUUUUGUGUGAAUGAGCUCUUCUCGCUUCUCCCUCUGUGCUCUCAGGUUCCCUUAUUAAACAGUUCUCUGCUGAA